AUGACAGAUGACUCACUAUUGGAUGAAUGGAAAGCAGAUUUCUUUGUAGAAGAUUUCCUUGAGAAACAAACAAUUACAGGAAUAGUGAAUCCGAUUAAUGGUGUAUUUGAAGAGGUUGUUCCAAGUUCAAACCCAAACUCUCCAACAAACAUAGAAGACAUCUUAAUUACCCUCAAGGAUGACAGUGCAACCUUUACAUCUAUUGAAAGUUUAGAAAAUUAUCCAGCACUUCAAGCACAGAACCGAGAUUUAAAUAUUGAAGAUGAUAAAAUAAAUUUUGUAAAUGAUUUGGUGACUGAUAAAAGUAAACUACCAACUUUGAAUACUGUUUCAAGUAGAUCAGAACUACUUAUGAUAAAAGGCCUCCUUUUAGAUUUCAAAGAACAGAGCGCUGAAGAAGCUGAUUUGUUUAGGGAAUAUUUUUCUUUUCAAGAAGAUUUGGAAGGUUUUUUAAAAGAAAGAUUUUAUGUGGAUAAAGAAAACUUUUGUCAGAAGAAAUUAGUAGGUUUACAUGAGCUAUCAACUUUUCCUUCUCAGUGUGAAUCCUUACUAUCUACAAAUCUCAGACAAAAAAUUGAUACUCCAUCAUCCUCAGAACCAAAGGAGUCAUUAAAUUUCAUGCCAGAAGUAAUAAAUUAUAUAGAUGAUAGUGAAAAACUUUUGCAAGGAGAUCUCACUACUAUACAUGGAGUUGAUACUGAAAAUAUAAAAAGCAGUUCCACAGAAAUAGUGACUAUUCAAAGUCAGAGUGAACCAGAGUGCAGUGAACCAGGAAAAUUGGAAAUACCACUAUCUAGCCUCAACACAAUAAGCCAACAGUUUUCAGUGAAUUUGUUACAUACAGAACUUCAAACAUUUUCAUUUUCUCCUAUUUGUAAAAUUAGUUCACAUAUUGUUGGAGAAACAGUGAACAAAUAUUCUAUGCCGUGGCAAUUACAAAUCUGCAGAAGCUCUCUGACCUCAUUUUUGCUUACAGGGCCAACCAUUGAAGAGCCCAACAGACAACAUUCAGUUACAGAGUUGAGAAAAAUCUUUUCUAUCGAAGAAGAAGGGCUUGUGAUUAGUCCCGUAAAGGCAGCAUGUUGGAAACAAGUAGGACUAAAUCCAGUAGUGACAGAAACUUUGGAACAUCUGAAUCCAUAUUUGCACCUUGACAAUCUAUCUUCUAGUGAUACUAGAAUGGAAAUACACUUGCCUAAAAAAGGACUACCAUUAGAAUCAUGGCUAGAACAUAAAAGUCAUUCCUUACCUAUCAUACAUAUUAAUAAUAAGAAAUCUAAAAAUGAUCACACAGCAUUUCCACAAAAGAGUCUAUCUUCACCAAAUGAAAUACCAGAUCUGCAUGUUUCUGAAGAAUGUAUUUCUGCUAAAAGACAAAAAAGAGAAGAAAACCUAAAGAAUAAUCAAGAACUAACUGGUAGAAUAAUCCAAAAGAAAGAAAAGGAAGAUAACAUUAAACUUGACUGUUCAGUACCAUCUAUUGAAUCAUCUCCAUCUUCAAAAAUUAAGAAAACAUCUUUUGAACAUGAUAAAAAACAGGAGAAUGAUUUGGACCUUUUGAGCAACUUUAUUAUGCUGCGAAAUAAAUAUAAUACUUGCACCUCAAAGACUGAAGACACAGACUAUGACAAAAAAGAUGAAUUUCAACAUAAAGAAGAAUGUUCUUUGAUGCUUCAAAAACAAAGUCCCAUUGUUUCUACUAACAAAACUCUCAAGAACAUAAAUGAAGAAACAGUAGCAGAUAAUGUCAUUGAAAUUCAAGCCUCAGAUACUCAGUGCCAAGCCUUCUAUCUCUUAGAAUCAGCAGCUGCCCCCAUCUUAAAAAAACUUGUGUCCCUUUGUCCUUUUCCUGCUGCUAAUUGGAAAUUUGCCACUGUUCUUUUUGACCAAACAAGGUUCUUCUUAAAAGAACAAGAAAAAGUGAUAAGUGAUAACAUCCCUCAAGGUACAAAUUGCAAAAGAGAAAUUAUAUACAAGCAUGCUGCUGUCCUACACCUUCUGGUGACAAUUAGAGAUGUCCUUUUAACAUGCAACUUGGACACAGCAUUGGGAUAUUUGACAAAUGCAAAAGAUGUCUACAAAAACAUUUUAGGCUCCUACUUGGAUGAUAUUUGGAAACAGAUGAAGAUUGUACAAUUUAUCAAAGAUAAAAAGCCUGAAGCAAACCAUAAGUUACAAGAAUUGCAAAAUCAAAUCCUAAUGUGGAUGAAAAGUGAACAACAAAUUACUGUUAAGAAUUCCUGUGUAAUUGUAAAUAAUCAAAAUAUUGGAGCAGAUUUUCCCUGGAGGAGUUUCUCAUUUGUUGUGGAAUACAAUCAUGCAGGACAUUCAUGUUGGAAGAUGCAUUGUGAAAAGUUGAACAUUCCCUUUGUGGCCUUUAAAGUGAUUCUUCCAGACACAGUCUUAGCCAGAAGUACCGUGCUGGAUAGAUUUGGUGGUUUUAUUUUGGGAAUUCAGAUUCCAUAUGUGUUUUUUGCAACUGAAGGACUUCUUAAUACUCCAGAAAUACUUCAACUGCUGGAAUCUAACUAUAGUAUCACACUAGUGGAGAGAUGCUGCAGUGAGUCACUGAAACUCUUUGGAAGUACAGAGUAUUAUGUGGUGGUAACAAUUGAUGAACACACUGCUAUAAUUUUACAGGACCUGGAAGAACUGAAUUAUGAGAGAGCAUCAGACAACAUCAUUAUGAGGUUGAUGGCAUUAUCAUUCCAGUAUAGUGAUUGUUGGAUCAUAAUAUAUAUCAAGAGAACCUUAAAUUCAGGGUAUCAUCUUACAGAAAAGAUACUUCAUCACCUCGCAUUGAUUUAUGCAGCUUUGGUUUCUUCUGGCCUUAAAUCUGAAGAACUGGAUGUAAAGCUUGUAAUUACUCCAGGAGGAGAAAAGACUGCAUCAAUAAUUCGUCAAAUUGCUGAUCACAGUUUAAUGAGCUCCAAAAGAGAUCCUCAUGAAUGGCUGGAUAAAUCAUGGCUUGAAGUUUUACCAUCCAAGGAAGAAAUGUACUUACUUGAUUUUCCAUGCAUUAACCCAUUGGUGGCUCAGCUGAUGUUAAAUCAAGUGCCUUCGCUGCAUUGGCUGUUAUCAGCAACCCCAUGUCAACUUCAGGAAAUUCUACCCAGCGUUCCAGAAAAAGUGUUAAAGCAUUUUUGUAGCAUCACUUCCUUAUUCAAGAUUAAUUCUUCCUCCAUAACAAAAUCACCUCCAAGUUUAUCACCUCAGGAAGACAGGAAUGAUAUUAGUAACUUUAUUUCUCAGAAUUCAGCUUCGGACCUUUCAGACUCUGCCAUUCAAGAGCAUAAUAAUGACUAUUGCCCAUACUCAGAAUCAGAGGAGACAGUGAAGGAAGACACAAACAUCCCUACAAAUUACAACUCUUCUUUCAUGGAACUAAGAAAAACCCCAUGUAUUUUACCUCCUGUGACUUCUUACACUCUAACCAGCAAUUUGAAAAGCUUUCAUUGUAGCCCCAAUGUUGAACAAAGCAGUCCUUUUCUGAUUAAUACAGCAACCAAGAAAUCAGUUUGUAACUCCUUUCCAAAUCAGAAUGAUCCUGGGUCAGAUAUCUUUUCUUUGGGUCUAACACAGAUAAAUCGUGAAACUCAGAGGGGAACAACCCCUAAUUUCAUAAAUUAUCAGAAAAAAAGACCACCAGGAACAAAAGCAGUAUCUGCCCCUAUGUUUUCAGUAGAGGACUCUCUCUCGUCAUGGGACUUCCAUCAUGGGAACUUUAGGAAAAACGUAUGUAAGAAACAAAAUCACUCAUUCAACUUGAAAUAUGGAGUAGAGUCUACCUAUGACAAAUGGUACUCUCAAAAAGAUAAUUUACUUACUAAUCAGCAGGAGUCUCUAUCAGAUGAAUUGGAAAGUUUUACAUGUGAAAGUUCAAAUAUUGGGACUACGACUUUGUGGAGACAAUUACCAUCUGUUCCCAGUCUGAAUGUAUUCAGUGUUUCUGACUCUAAUGCAAAUCAAAAAGAAAUUAGCAGCCUUAGUAUGUACCCAAGACCUGGAAAAUGUUCAGGACAGAAAAGAUAUCUUGAAUCAUCAUCUAAUUCAGGAGACAAGGAACCAUUAGCAGGUUCAAUGUACUCAAAAUUACCACCACAGAAAAAAAGACGCCUAAUGUAUGAAAAAGUUCCAGGAAGAAGUGAUGGACAAACUCGGCUGAGGUUUUUUUGAAAGAGGGAAUGAGCAGUGUUAAAUGCCAGAUUCUCCUGCUUUUCAUAAUCUAGUAGCAAAAUAAUUAUUUAGAUUUGCAUAUAUAUUUUAAAAUG